AUGACCGGCAAACCUAAAGAAGACAAUAACGAAGUUAGUAGACAGAAAUCAAAAGAAAGUCACAAAAGAACAAACUACAAGCAACAUUACCGUCCUGGUGCUAAUUUAAUGACUGGCGAACCUAAAGAAGACAAUAACGAAGUUAGUAGACAGAAAUCAAAAGAAAAAGACAAUAACGAAGUUAGUAGACAGAAAUCAAAUAAAAGUCACAAAAGAACAAACUACAAGCAACAUUAUUGUCCUGGUGCUAAUUUCAAGACCGGUGAACCUAAAGAAGACAAUAACGAA